CAGUCCGUAGACCACCGUGUGUGAGUGUCAGGUCUGCUUCUUGUGUUGCACGCUCUUCCCGUGUCUGUACGCGAAUUAUUUGGCGUAAAUGUACUGCAUGUUGCCGACUUUCUAGCUAACAGUUUCUCUUAACGAAGUCGAGGGCAUCAACUCUUGAAUGCGGUUGGGUGCGGCGUUACCCUUUCAGGAAAAAAAAAGGAUUUUUUUCAGGCGGUGGACAUUUUUCGUCUUUUGUAUUUUUCGCGUGUCGUGUGUGGACGUUUUGGAUUUUAAUUUUUGAUUUUCAGUUUUUACAAGGUUAAACCACUAGCAAGCCAUCACUGCUACUGUGUAAUGUAGGCAAGACGUUUUAGUCAAAUUUAUUUCGAUUGUUUCGGAAGUUAUCGCCAAGCGUCUAGGUAACUUAGAUCGCUAAACAAGUUUUGAGAAGAUUGCACUUCUCAAAAUAAUGCGCUAACUUGCUAGCUAGCUAGCUUGUUUAGCUAGCUAGUUAACAAUAUUCAAAAACUCGGCGAGAUAAGUGGAUGCUGUAUCAUUUUUAAGGCAAAUCAUCCGUUUUAAUGCAGUCUUGUUCUCUUAAGAACAAACACACUUCCGUGGAUUUUGAAGACUCCUAGGACCUUCCUUUCAAUGAAAGAAAGCGCUUGGAAACCUGAUAUUUAAGAUAAGCACCUGUGUUGUGGUCGGACCACUCUUCUGCCCCGAACUGGGAUCCAGGAACCCGGGUCAUAAAUGACAAGUGCCUGAGGAUGACGACCAAGCGGAACCUGUUGGUGCGGCUGGUGCCGUGCCGCUGCCUGCGCGGCGAGGAGGAGACGGUGACGUCGCUCGACUACUCCCACUGCAGCCUGGAGCAAGUCCCCAAGGAGAUCUUCAGCUUCGAGAAGACGCUGGAGGAGCUCUACCUGGACGCCAACCAGAUCGAGGAGCUGCCCAAGCAACUGUUCAACUGCCAGCUGCUUUACCGGCUCAGCCUGCCGGACAAUGACCUCACCGUGCUGCCGGCAGCCAUCGCCAACCUCGUCAACCUGAGGGAGCUGGAUGUCAGCAAGAACAGUAUCCAGGAGUUCCCAGAAAAUAUCAAGAACUGCAAAGUGUUGGCCAUCGUUGAAGCAAGCGUGAAUCCCAUCUCCAAGCUCCCGGAAGGCUUCACCCAGCUGCUCGGCCUCACCCAGCUCUACCUGAACGACGCCUUCCUGGAGUUCCUCCCGGCCAACUUCGGCAGGUUAACCAAACUGCAGAUUUUGGAGCUAAGAGAGAACCAGCUGAAGAUGCUGCCAAAAAGCAUGCACAAGCUGACCCAGCUGGAGCGGCUGGAUCUGGGGAGUAACGAGUUCACAGAAAUGCCUGAGGUUCUGGAGCAGCUCACGGGAAUCAAAGAGCUGUGGAUGGAUGGGAACCGGCUGACCUUCCUCCCGGGGAUGAUUGGCACUCUGAAGCAGCUGUCCUAUCUGGACGUGUCCAAGAACAACCUGGAGAUGGUGGACGAGCAGAUCUCUGGCUGCGAGAACCUGCAGGACCUGCUGCUCUCCAACAACGCCCUGACGCAGCUGCCCGCGUCCAUAGGGUCCCUGAAGAAAUUGACUGCCCUUAAAGUUGAUGAGAACCAGCUCAUGUAUCUGCCGGACUCCAUAGGCGGGCUCACGGCGUUGGACGAGCUGGACUGCAGCUUCAACGAGGUCGAGGCCCUGCCCUCGUCCAUCGGCCAGUGCGUCAACCUGCGCACCUUCGCCGCCGACCACAACUUCCUCACCCAGCUGCCCCCAGAGAUGGGCAGCUGGAGGAACGCGACCGUGCUGUUCCUGCACUCCAACAAGCUGGAGUCGCUGCCAGAGGAGAUGGGGGACAUGAGCAAGCUCAAGGUCAUAAAUCUCAGCGACAACAAGCUAAAGAACCUGCCCUUCAGCUUCACCAAGUUGAACCAGCUGACGGCCAUGUGGCUAUCCGAAAACCAGUCGAAGGCGCUCAUCCCCCUACAAAAAGAAGAGGACCAGGAGACUCACAAGACUGUGCUCACAAACUACAUGUUCCCUCAGCAACCCAGGACCGAGGAAUACAUCCCGAACUCGGACAGCGAGAGCUUCAACCCCUCCCUGUGGGAGGAGCAGCGGAAGCAGAGGGCGCAAGUGGCCUUCGAGUGCGACGAGGACAAGGACGAGAGGGAGACGCCCCCGCGGGAGGGCAACCUGAAGCGCUACCCAACCCCCUACCCCGACGAGCUGAAGAACAUGGUGAAGACGGCCCAGUCCGUCGCCCACCGGCUGAAGGACGACGAGUCGAGCGACGAGUCGGGCAAAGAGUCCAAGCCUCUCCUGGCAGUGCGAGACGUCGGGGUCAAGGUAAUUGAGAACGCCUGUAGCAACGGGACGCCGGUCGAGAUGGAGCAGAAAGCCACCAUGAACAGCAUCCAGAACCCCAGCACACCUGAGCCAAGGGACCUGGCCGAGACCCAGAACACGCAGAGGAUCCUGCUGAAGACCUCCGACAACCCGAGAGCCAUGGUCAACCACGAGGACACGCUGGAGGACUCUGAGGAGCUGUCCUUUGAGGAAGAGGAGGAGAUGAAGAUUGCCGAGAUGCGGCCGCCGCUGAUUGAGAUCUCCAUCAACCAGCCUAAGGUGGUGGCGCUCACCAAGGACAAGAAAGACGACAGCAAGGACGCAGACUCCCUGCUGGACGAGACGGUGGCCAACAGCAACCAGAACAACAGCAACUGCUCGUCCCCGUCGCGCAUGUCCGACUCGGUGUCCCUGACCACCGACAGCAGCCAGGACACCUCCCUCUGUACACCCGAGAGGGAGGCCAAAAUGCCCCUGGAACCUGCCACCAGGCAGGAGGAUGAGAACCUGAACCAGCUGAAGGAAACGGCCCCCCUCCUGCAGAAUGGCAACGGGUCUGACACAUCUCUGCAGGCCUUGCUGAAGAGCCAGCAGGAGUACGAGUCGAGGCCAGAGAAGACGAGCGACUUCGACCUUUCCGUGGAGGAGAGGCUGGCGCUCAUCGAGAAGGGCAUGGACCUGAGCGACAGCGUGGGGGACCCCUACAGCAAGCUGGACCAGAUCAACAUGAACGUGUCCAAGCCGGCGCCGGACAAUGCGGGGCUGCUGGAGAGCCUGGAGCAGGCCAGGAACGCGCCGUCCCAGGAGGACCUCAGCAACAGCUCCGCGCUCAACAACAACAAUGCCAAACCCGCCGCUGGGCACCUGGAGAACGGGAACCAGCGGCACGCCCCGGCCGACUGCUUCAACGGCCGCGCUGAGGAGCCCAAGGGGUCGCCGGCGAAGUUGGAGGCGGACAGAGCGGCCGCCAUGAUGGGCGUGGCGGCCAGCAGCGACAUGUCCCUCUCCCGGAGCACCGAAGAGCUCUCCCCCCAGAAGAGGAGCGCCCCGCCCCCUGUGGUGAAGUCGCAGAGCAUCACCAACAUGGACGCGGGCGGGAUGAGGCUCUACAACAUGGACGCCGACAACGGGCUGUGCGAGGCUGGGGGUCCGGGCAGGGGCCCCGGGGCGGCCCCCCAGGGCCAGAGCAUCGUGCGCAGCAAGUCCGCCUCCCUCCUGAGCGACCAGCCCCUGCAGGUGUACCCGGGCUCCUCGGCGUCCUCCUCCGACCUGCUGUCCGCGUCCAAGCCCAUGGCCAAGUACGAGCCCCGGGUCCCGGUCCCGCCCCAGUACAACGUCCAGUACACCAGCGCCGCCGUGCCCAAAGACAACCUGUGGACCCAACGGACGCCCGUCCCGCCCGACCAAGCGUACCUCCCCCCCCAGCACUCGCUGGCCAACACCAACUACUCCAACCGCAACAACGCCCCGCCGUACCCCUUGGCGGCGCAGCAGCGCGCCCCGCCCUACCCCGGCGACAUGUGGGGCAAGGACAGGCUCCUCCCGCCGCGGGGUGCCCUCCAGAGGCAGGGCAGCGGCUCGUCCUCCACGGGCCUGGCGGACCCCCGGCGGAUGCACCCGCCCGAGGGCGAGUACGUGACCUACCGGGACAUCCACGCGCUGGGCCGCGGGCCCCUGCAGAUGAGCCAGGCCUCCCAGCGGCCCCUGUCGGCCCGCACCUACAGCGUGGACGGGCCCGCCGGGCCCCGCCCGCAGAGCGCCCGGCCCCCCGUGCACGAGCUGCCCGAGAGGACCAUGUCGGUCAGCGACUUCAACUACCAGCACGGCAGCCCCAGCAAGCGGCCCAACGCCCGGGUGAAGUCGGAGCACUCCCUGCUGGACGCGCCCGCCACGGGGAGGGUGCCCGCCGACUGGAGGGACCAGGUGAUGCGGCACAUCGAGGCCAAGAAGAUGGAGAAGAGCAUGCUGUCUCGGUCCUUUAAUUCCAAUUACGCUGCGGUGAGCAGCUCUCACUAUGGCAGCUCUAGGGACGUGCAUGCCAGCCAAGGCUUUGUGGCCUUUAGUGUUGGAGACGGAAGGCCCUAUGGAGCCCAUGGCCUCUGUGAAGACGUCUUCGGGCCUCCAGGACCACAGGGCUACCCCAUGGAUUCCCUGAGAAAAGUGCCUUUGACAAACGGGCAGAUGUGUCCCCCCGGCCGUCCCCCGAUAACCUGCGGCCAGACACCCAUGGCCCGCCAUCCGUCCAGAGAGCAGCUUAUAGACUACCUGAUGCUGAAGGUUUCCCAGCAGCCCCAGGGGCCGCCCCGCGCCCCCCACGAGGUCCUGCAGCAGGAGGUCCGUGUGAAGAUCGAGAAGAACCCCGAGCUGGGUUUCAGUAUAUCCGGAGGAGUGGGCGGAAGAGGGAAUCCAUUUCGCCCGGAUGAUAACGGCAUAUUUGUGACAAGAGUCCAGCCAGAAGGACCCGCAUCCAAGCUUCUUCAGCCAGGGGAUAAGAUUGUCCAGGCAAAUGGAUACAACUUUGUCAAUAUCGAUCACGGACACGCGGUAUCCCUUCUAAAGACGUUUCCCAGCACGGUGGACCUGAUCAUCGUCAGAGAGAUGUCUGCGUAGGAGCAGGAGGAAGAGGCGGCGGCCACAGAAUAUGAAGAGACAUGAAACUGAAUGUUUGCGUCAUUAUUUUUCUACACAGAGGAGCCAGUUCUAUUAUUAGAUGUUUGAACUGCAUAGGUGAAGGACUU